CAUCCGAACAUCUUCAAGCUCCUUUGUCAAAAAGUUCCAACGAAAACCAGAAAACGAUAACAAAGAAAUGGAGGCUUUCAACAUCCCGGCGACGCCGUCAUUGAUGAAGGAGUUCCUCCGCCAGACGGGAGGCGUCGCCGUUGUCGAUGGCGGACUAGCGACGGAGCUGGAACGCCACGGUGCUGACCUCAACGAUCCUCUCUGGAGUGCCAAAUGCCUCCUCACUUCUCCUCACCUUAUUCGCUCUGUACACCUUGACUACCUCGAAGCUGGAGCAGAUAUUAUUAUCACAGCAUCCUAUCAGGCCACGAUUCAGGGGUUCGAAGCGAAAGGCUUUUCCAGAGAACAAAGUGAAUCAUUGCUUAAAAAAAGUGUGGAAACCGCCCUUGAGGCAAGGCAAAUGUAUUAUGAAAGAUGUAGUAAAAGUUCUAGUGAUGGAAUUGGUGACGGUAAGAUACUAAAAAAGCGUCCAAUCUUAGUUGCAGCGUCUGUAGGCAGCUAUGGGGCUUAUUUGGCUGAUGGUUCUGAGUACAGUGGGUACUAUGGUGAUGCAGUGACGGUGGAAGUUUUGAAAGAAUUUCAUCGCAGAAGGGUUCAGGUCCUGGCAGGAGCAGGUCCUGACCUAAUAGCUUUUGAAACAAUUCCAAACAAGAUAGAAGCUCAGGCUUAUGCUGAACUCUUAGAGGAAGAACACUUAAAGAUUCCUGCAUGGUUUACUUUCAACUCAAAAGAUGGUGUCAAUGUAGUUAGCGGUGAUUCUUUGCUUCAGUGUACAUCAAUUGCUGAAUCCUGCAAACAAGUUGUUGCUGUUGGAAUCAACUGCACGCCUCCUAGAUUUAUUCAUGAUCUGAUUUUAGCAAUCAAGAAGGUCACUACCAAACCAAUUGUUAUUUAUCCCAAUAGUGGUGAGAGGUAUGAUGCUGAUCGGAAGGAAUGGGUGCAAAAUACAGGAGUCAAGGAUGAAGAUUUCAUCUCAUACGUAAACAAAUGGUGUGAGGUUGGGGCUUCGCUUGUAGGAGGUUGUUGUAGAACUACUCCAAGUACUAUCAAAGCCAUCUACAGGGCACUUUCCCAUGGAUCUCCUGCAUCAUCCAAGCAGAAAUUAGCAACUUGAUUACACAUGCAGCCGGGAUGCCAAGAUGCAUUUUUAAGUUUCUUACUUCUUUCCCACUUUUGAGUCCGAAGACAAUGCCUCCCACAAGCUUUGCCUAACAUCUUUGGGUCUCCCACUUUCUGUUAUAGCAGCCAGUAUUUUCGUUUCACGGUGAGCAUGCAUCUUGUAUCUGUUUCGGGUUUUGGGAACUAUAAGCUAUAAGGGAUCUGACUAACAGACAAUCCCUCUUGUUUCUUGAGUUCUUAUUUUGGUUCUAAUUGUAGUUUUGUCAAAGGUUAAAUACUUAUGUAUUGGCCCGGCCUUCGGAAGGUGUUUAGCAUGUACAUUAUAAAGUACUCGUAUCGUUCGGAGAAUUUCA